AUGGAUCUCAAUAAUACUGUUUCAACAAUAAACCUAGGAACUUGCUUAGCUGAAAAUCAAGUUAGUGACCAUAAGUGUUCCCUGUUUGAUAAAAAUCUACGUAGAAUUAAUAAUAAUCUUCAGUAUGUAAAUGAAUAUUACAUUCCUAAACACGAAAUUCCCGUCGAGAAUCAGCAAAAAGUCAGAGAAAAUAUAAUUGUACCAAAAGACCAAAAAGAACAGUCUAUACAUUUCCAUAACGAAUUUUACAAAAUCAAAAUGGAUGAAAUUGAAUUUAUAAGAAAAACACACGUAAAACAAAUAUUAAGCCAAAAAGCCAACAUCUGGGAACAAAAACGAAGAGAAUUUAUGAAGAAUGUGCCGAAAAAUAUAAUUAAAGAAUCUGGAGGUUUGUUAAUUGAAACUCAAAAUAUUGAAAAAAAUCAUAAUAUAGAACUGCAGAACACUAAUAGUGAUCAAUACAAAACUACAUUACUGGAAGAACAAAAAAAAUCAGAACAAAAAGCAAGAAGUAUUCAAUUUUUAUCAUUACUUAAAACUGGCUGUGAUUUAUUAAAUAUCAUGCACAAUUAUAAAAAUGACAUGAUACCACAAUUUCUUGAUAAUUACACAACAAUUGAAAACGAAAUUCACAGAUUUAAAAAUCUAUCUGAAAAUUGUAACACAUAUGAUCUGUUAAAACUCAAUAAAACAGUACAAAUUAUUAAAAUGCUUCACAUAGAAUUUAUGGAAUUUUUAUCAAAAGCUGAAAAUAAUACAUUACCAACUACUAAUGUUACUUCAGUAGCUGAAAAUAAUACAUUAUUACCAAUUACUAAUGUUACAUCAGUAGCUGAAAAUAAUUCAUUACUACCAACUACUAAUGUUACAUCAGUAGCUGAAAAUAAUACAUUAUUACCAACAAAUAGUUGUGUAUCAAUAGCCGAAAAUGAUGCAUUAUUAACAACUUCUGAUGAUAAUAAUCAAAAGAAUACAGCAAUUUCAAAUUUUACAUUCAAAAUAAAUGCAAACAAAUCAAAUAAAAAUUUAAAAAACAAUGAUCUUAAUAUCAAUCAAGAAUCAAAUGAAAUAAAAAACAAUGGGUCAAACAAUUUUCCAUUAAAAGAGAAAGAAAGUGACGAAUUACAUACAUUUAAAUUUAAAACUAAUGAAAAUAUUUCCAAUACAGAUAUUUCAAAUUUUUGUUUUAAAAUUAAAAACAAUAAACAAGAAGCAACUACGACCAAUACCAGCUAUAAUUUUGAACGCGAAUAUGAAAAAUACCUGGUUAACCAUUUUGCAAUACAGAAAUAUCUGACAAAUUAUACAAAUUUAUAUUUGCCUUUUCUUCAUGAUGAUAAUCAAAAAACACUAAAACAAGAACUAACAAAAGCAAUUAAUACACCUAUCAAUAGUAUAUCUUCAGUUUCUUCAUGGCAUAUGAAAGACAAAUUUGAAAAACUAAAUGCUUUACUAAUGUGUAAAACUGUAAAAACUGGCAAUUCUUCGGUAUCAGCAAAUAGCCAUCAGUGUGCAUUAGCAUUUUGUAAAGAUACGCUUGCAAAAAAAAUUAUAAAUAUCGGAGAACAGGUGGUUAGUGUAAAAACAGAAACUGCUUUUGAAGUAGCAUCUAUUGUUACAGAACUUUGGCAAGUUCAUCAAGAUUUUGGUAUGUUACUGUAUGCUAGAUUUAAACAAAAAUGUCCGUGCCUUAUCCCUUUGAAUGCUGCAAAAGUAAACAAUGAAACUGAUGAGGAAUAUUAUAAAUCAUUGGGUUAUAAUUAUACGGAUGGAGUUGUUGAACAACAAGAUAAAUAUGUUAAAAGAAUGACUGGUAUCAUAAGAUUAUUUGCAGCGAUUAUAGUAACCGAAACUAAGAGUGGCAAAGCAUUAGGUAUUGGACAAGCAUGGAUGAUCAUUGCAACAACGUUACAUUUAGUUCCUCAGUUAGACAUCACAGCUGUUUUAUUACACGAGAUGCUGUUAAUUACCGGUUAUCAUCUAGGAAAAGUGUAUGGCAACCAAUUUAUCAAAAUGUUACAAUAUAUCAAUAGUGAUUACAUGAAAAAGAUUGAUGAAAUUACACCAAUUGGUUGUGGUGGUCCAGUACAAAGAUUGAAAACAUUUGUCUCUAAAGCUAUUGAGGUAAGUUAUAUCGAUAAACCUAAAAGUAUAUUGCCGUAUAAUUUUUGGUAA